UUUUUUUACGUACCAGUUGAUUCCCAUUGAAAGCGGAGCGCGUCUUGUCAAAACGCAGCUUUGAACACGUUGACCAGCAGCGACUUGAACGAGCAACUGAGGAGAAGACGGACGGAGAGGAGGAGGAAGAAAGAGAGAGAGCCAACAACGAAAAAAAAAACAAAAACCCUCUUCGUAUCUAGGGGACUCUCUCUCUCUCUCUUUCGUUGGACUAACUUCGUGUGAGGUUGUGGGGGAAAAAAAUCUGCUGUAUAACGGUGCACGCGUUACGUUAUAUAAAGGCGAAUAACGGACAGAGAUGAGCCCGUACGUACGUAACAGCAUAGCGGCACAAUAAAAACGCAUGUGCUGGCUUUGGGGCUUGGCGCUUGGAGGAGAGAGAUUGAUUUAAAAAAAGAUUUAGACUUUACGUUGAAUCCGUGUAUGUUUAUAUGCUACAUUGGCUGAUUUAUUCAAAUAGCUAGCUGUCUUGCCAAUGCUGGUCCAUUCACCGCUGUGUGCGUAUGAUUUCACUUAGCUUAGGCGGCUAACAGACCAGGACGCGCCGCCGCCGCCUCUCUGAUGAGCCCGCUGUGUGUGUGUGUGUGUGUGUGUGUGUGCGUAGCGGAAUGAUGAUCAGACUAAUGCCUCAGAUUAAUGGUGAAAAUCCUAUUUAAUUAUUUUUUUUUUGGGUGACUAUUAAAUAUAGCCACAUAUCUGAUGUGUGCGUUCAGACGUCGUGGGCCCUGCUAUCAUUCAUAAAACUCUCCUGAAGGCGAAGAAAAGGGCCCAUGUCUUAAUUUGGAAAACAAAGAAUUAGGCUACAGGGGGAGGUUAAGCUGGUUAGAUAAGCUUGUUUUAGCGUUUUUAAGUGAGCUGGUUGACGGAUUAGUCGCACAAUCUGGACAGUGCAGCUCCCUCCACUCCCCUCUCUCUCUUCACCACAAUUGGAGUAUUUUUUUUUAUUUUUGUCUCCUCUCUGCCGCCGCACCACAAUGAGCAGCCACACCGGGGACACCGGGGACACCGGGCCGGUAGAAGUGGAGCCCAUGCCGGGAUACUUGGACCUCAUUACCAGAGCCUCCACCGUCAUGUUUAACGCAUGGAGAGACUGUAGCACAUGCGGGCUGGAGCUCUCCAAACGGACUCUCCUGGAUAACGCUUACAUCACUUUGACCGAAAUCGCCCUGUUUUUCUUUUGCGCCUUUUUGUGGACGCAGGUCAGGCGGGGACUGACAGAAAGUCUGUUUAAGCCUCUAGCACAGUGGUGGAGGCUGAUGCCCAAAGAUGCUGCCAAGAUGCCGGAGAGCGCGUGGAAGCUGGUCUUCUACACCAUGUCGUGGUCAUACAGCACCUACCUGCUCUUCUUUACCUCCUACUCCUUUUUCCAAGAUCCGCCCUCCGUCUUCUACAACUGGAAGAGUGGUAUGUCAGUGCCUGCAGACAUCGCCAUAGCCUACCUGAUCCAGGGCAGCUUCUACGGCCACUCCAUCUAUGCUACAGUCUACAUGGACGCGUGGAGGAAGGACUCGGCUGUCAUGGUGGUGCACCACAUCAUCACACUGGCGCUCAUUAGCUUCUCCUACGCCUUCAGAUACCACAACGUCGGGAUUCUGGUGUUGUUCCUCCACGACAUCAAUGACAUCCAGCUGGAGUUCACCAAGCUCAACGUCUACCUGAAGUCUAGAGGAGGAGGCUAUCACCUGAUCAACGACGUGCUGUCCAACAUGGGCUCUGUCAGCUUCAGUAUCACCUGGUUCUGGUUUCGUCUUUACUGGUUCCCGCUCAAAGUGCUGUACGCCACAUGUGUGUCCAGCCUCCAGUCUGUUCCCAGCAUCCCCUUCUAUUUCUUUUUCAACACUCUUCUCCUGACGCUGCUGCUCAUGAACAUCUACUGGUUCCUGUUCAUCGUGGUUUUCGUGGUGAAGGUGCUGAAGGUAAAGGAGGUGAACGACGUCAGGGAGUACGAGGAUGAGGACGGCAACAAGGCGGCAGCGGGCCUGCUCAAAAAUCCUCAGGCAGAAAACAAUGAUGAUGGUGCUGGACAUCACAUCUCUGCCCAAGGCAGGAAGCACGUGCAGAACGGGAUCACCAAGGACAAGCAUCUAUAACAGGUUCUCCAUCGCCACCGCCUGGCACUAGGCUACAAGUACAAGCAAGACAAGACGCCCCUCCUUAGACCUGCUGCUGAAAACGUGGCUGAAGGGAAGAGCGUCACAAAAAGAAAAAAAGAAAGGGAAAUAGCUGAAGUUAGGCCGCGACGUGUUUUUACUCUUUUUAUUUGUCUUAGAGCAUUUCAUUUCAUCACUGUCAUUUUUUUGUUUUUAUUAGAGCACUGUGAAUGUUAUUUCAGGUGACUUUUUUUUUUUUUUUUUUUUUUUUUUGUCUUAUUGUUGCUAACUUUACAUUUGAUAGAUUUCAAUAGAAACAAAACAGUUGGACUGCGAUUGUCACAUACAGGGUUGUCAUAAUCAUCACCGUAACCCUAAAAACAAUCCCACAGCACCCAGGCAAGGAGACGGUUUAGGCCUGUAGUGGCUCUGCUGUGUUUGGUGAAUUCCUUUUCCCCUCCUUUUACUCUUCACCUUCAUCCUCCGUCCAUCCUCUCCGAUUCCACACAUGAAGAGAAAAGGCUGAAAAAAAAAGAAAAAGAGAAAAAAAAAAGCAUGAUUCAUAUGGGAAACAUGUCGAUGUUGUUCUCAGUAUCGCUCUCACAACAGCCUGUCUGGCGUUGUAUGGUGCUGUUUCACCACAUGUAUUGAUUUUCAUAUCAUUGCACAGAUCAGUGGCAGCUCUGGCCCCGCUGCGUCCAUUUGUUUGAAUCGGAAAAAAAAAGGGCCACAUUAAUGCGUGUUAGUAUGUGUGUUUGUUUCAGGAUGUGGAGAGUAUGGAUGUAGCUGAAUCUUUUUUUUUUCCACAACAUUUCACCUCUCACUUUGAUUUCUUUACCUUCUUAUCUCUUGUACUGAUGAUCAACAGGUAUUGGGAAUAUUCACUUGACAUUCUUGUAGAGGAAAAAAAGCAGUUUUUUUUUUUUUUUGUGCGUGUUUUUAUUUUUUGUCUUUGUGUGUCGCAUAGCAUCUGUUGCUGCACUGACAUGAAGGCAUACAAGCUGAUUGCUGGUUUAAUGACAGCAAAUAGCUUGAAUUGAUUGACUGGAUUUAAGCAUCAUCCUCAUGAUUUUAAUUUGUUUAAACGAUAUGAAUUUAAAAAAAAAACAAAAAAAAAAAGACAUUUAUAAGGAGUUCGUGUGUGGUGGCGGCUAUCGGGUUCACAGAUGAAUUGAAACAAUAGCCCAGAACUUGUGUAAAGUUAAAAAUCAGUAUGAUAAAAACAUUAUGUAUGCAAACAUUAUGGUAUUCAGGAAUGCAUGACAUCGAAUGAUUUUGGAAAUAUGCUAUGAAAUUGAAGAAAAAAAAAAUCCUCUCACUAUGUAAUCAUAACGUCUUUAUUCAUGUUUUUGGAGCAGCCGUGUCCACUGAACACACAUACUGUAACGUUGGGCUGACACACACACACAAACCAAACAGUGUGUGACAAACCUUUAAGAUGUGGGUAUUUUAAACACACAUUGACGAUGGGAAGGGACGAGAUUGAAGUCCCAGAAAUCCCCGCAAGUGUAAUUCAAACAAAUUUAAACUACAGUGAAAGGGACCUACUUUACUCAAGUGGUUUCACUGGUUUACUCUGGGUGUGUGUGUGUGUGUGUGUGUGGAAACAGCUGCUGCACCUGUGGGGAAAAAAAAAAAAGAAAAAGGAUGUUUUUAUAUUCUUCCUACCGUCUCGAUCAAAUUCAAGCUCUUGUUUCGAUGAACAGCAUGCUUGUGCUGCUGGAGCAGGCCGCAGAUGUUGUCUGUCCGUAGGAGAAGCUGUCUGUCUGUUUUUUAGUUUUGUCUGUUUGUCUUCCACAAUCCCCUCGUCUGUGUUGACACAUGGGGGAAGUUCAAACUUUCAAUUUUUACAUUAAACUAUCACUAUUAUUGCUGUAGUUCAGGUUAUUGUUGAUUUGUUUUUUUGGAAUUGCUGCUGUUUUAUUUUUAUUUUUUUUCCUCUGAGAGCACUGUUGGUAUUCCAGUUUUUUUUUCUUCUGCUGUGUAUGUGACAGUCUGCUCAGAUCAGAUGUUUCCAGGGACCAGGGAGAAUCGUUUUAAUCACAAAUAUCUGGAUUUAGUCUUGGGAUCUCUUCCUUUUAAUCUGAAUGCUGGCUCACACUUAUUUCAUGUCAUCAUUACACAUCUGUACUGUAAGUAACACAAACAUUGUUACUGUGUGUAAUAUAUCAGAUGUUCAAAAGUCCUGUGGCUGACUGGUUUUACAAGCAUGCUGAUAUAGCAGGAGGCGACCUCAGAGGUCUUUUUUUUCUGCUCAACUGUGAGUCUAAAUUAUCCAUAGUUUGUUGAUAGUUUUGUUAUAUGAUGACUGACGAUAGGGGAGGGAAGUUUACAGUAAACCCACAAAGACUUGUGAUCUGGAUUAGGUGCGACUCUUACCUCAAGUCCGGUAUGGUACUGUGUGCAAAAAGCUGCACCUUCAAUCUCUGUGAACGAGUAACGAGCACUAGGGCUGGGCGAUGUGACGAAAUAUACCAUCAGACGAUAUAAACGAAACUGUGGCGUGUAUCCUUUUAACAUCACUGGGUGUAUUACACCAUUGUGAGCAGCGCUGUAAAUUAAUGUAGCAUGUUUUGUGGCAUAUUUUUUGCAUCUAAAAUACUUUGCCUUUACAUUUACUUUGAUGGAUUACCCCCAAAAACAGCUGCAGCAACUACCAGGUGUGUACCAAAUAACGCUUAACCACCAUGUGUAUCAGUUGCCCACUACUAACCACAACCCACAAAGGGACAAAACUAUCUAAAAAAAAAAACAUUUUGUGAUUGUCAGUUUAUUUUUCUGUCUGUGUAGAUUUGGCUGAUCCUUAUUUUGUUUUUCGACAGGACAUUGGCCUCCAGCUCGGGUCAUAGUUUUUUUGGAAACAGGUUGUAUGUGAAGCUCAGUUCAGUCAGACAACUCAUCCUCCUCCACCGCAACAAUUUUGUAAAAUGCGCACUUGAUAUUUUAUGUCGCUGACCUUGUCACUCCCUUUUUUUUGCAUGCACCACGAUCGACGCACAGGAGAUUAGGGAGUGAUGUUAAGACGAUGGGUUUGCAAAUUAAGCAGUAAAACAGCAUCAGGAAGCUCGUCACUUCUUGUUUGCAUACUGUGGACUUCUACAGGUCAGGGAGAUGAAAAGGCAAAGCAGUGUUUGCAAACUGAUCAGUAAAGCAGCAGCAUUGAUAUGGCUGUAUUUUUUUUAUUUACUCUCACCUCAUCACUCCAGUUUCCACACAACACAAAGAAAAGAAGUUUAUGGAGUGAUGAUAAAAGAAGAAGCAGUGUUUAUAAAGCGAGUAGCUUCAGUGGAUGUUAUAACAAGUACAGUAUAGGAUAUGUGAGCAGUAAACAGGACCACAGGAGGUUGGAUGUUUAGUGCAAGAGUUGUCUGCCUGGACUGGCUUCGCUCCAUCAUGACUAAGUAGCUUCACGAAUGGUUUGAAUGUGCCAAAAAAAAAAAAACGUCCACCCAAAUUAUGAAGCAAGUGUUUGUGGGAGCUGGUGAUGAGCGAAGAGGAAAGCUAGUAGAGAAGGAGAGGCAGAGAAGCCCUGCAGGUAUUUCUUAUAAAUUGCACUGUAAAUUAUUAGUAUUAUUUUUAUUGUUCAUUAGUAGAUCAAAAUUAGAAGGAGAAAAAAAAACAGGGAGGGGAAAAUUUGGGAAUUUUUAUGACUUUCUGGGAAGAAACAGCAACUAAAACUCUUUAAUUAAUUCAAAGUGUAUUUUAAUGAUACUUUUUUUUUGACCAUCAAUAUGCGCUGUAAGAUACAAAAUUGCCCCAUUUUUUUUCCAAACUGAAUUUGACCACUUGAUAAAGACACGUACUUGCUCUUUUGUAAUGCAAUUUUAAUACCAUUCAGCCAAUGUUAUCGUUUCACCCCCCCAUAAAAUAAAACAUGUCAGUAAAUGAGACACCUUGUGAUUUCUUUUCAUUUAUUUAUUUAUUUUAAUCACAACUGAUAUCAUUUUCAUUGCAAAGAUCAAGUGUUGUGGAUGAGGUGAAACAGAGUUCAGACCAGAGGAGAGUUCGUUUCAGUGCACAAAUGAAAACAAACUGCUUCAAAUAAAUUAAAAAGAUUCAUAAUGUACCACACAGUAUUUCCACAUUGUGUCGGUAAAGGAAGAAAAAUCCUGUCAUUGUUACCAUGGUGACAGAGAGAAGGGGGUCACAGGUCAUGCAGUAACACAAUGCAAAUACAAAAAAAAAAAAAAAAAAAAAGGCAAAUAAACACCAUUCACCCACAACAAGGCAAGACCAGGGAGAGAAAAGGUCGAGCAAACACUGCAGUAUUCAUUUUUUACACCACACCACCACACACACACACACACACACGUUUAUUAAUAUUCAACAAUUUGCCCCUUAAAUCCACCACACCGUUGUGUUUCUGCCCAUUUUAAGAGAUCCAGUGUUUAAAUACCGCAGUGCUGGCUUCGACCAAAAAUCUUAAGGCUAAAAAAAAAAAAAA